GGCAUUCAAACACACAGGUAGCACGACAUCUGUGCCCCAGGUGCCUCAUUUUGUCUGUACCAUUUGGAUCUACGUGUUCUCCUCUUCUAGCAAAAGCAAGGGGGUGAAGCCAUGGAGAUUUCACCAUAUAUAAUCAAUAUAUAAUUUUCAUACACGUUAACGGAGUGACCUUUCAGAAUGAACAGAUCCUUCAAGAAAGUCACGUUCAGUGAGGAACCAGUGUUUGGCUCGGGUAGAAGGCCAAUGGAAAAUCAUACUCAUUCUGGGAUCUUACACCACUACUAUCCACAGAUAGCGAAGCAACUUGCUCUAACGUCACAUGUGUACAGAAAGCUAAAAGAAAAUGGAAUUCUCACAACAGAGCAGAUUGGACUAUUAGAGCUGGAAGAGACUCAAGAUGGGAAAAUAUCUAAACUUAUAGAAGUCUUAAGGAAUGCAGAUCAUCAUGUUUUCACAACGUUUUGUGUUAUACUGUAUGAGACUGGACACCGUCGGCUCGCUCAGACACUGCAAAACGCAAUAAGAUCCAAAAGAGAAGUGCUACCAAAAGUUCCGUCACUGUCAUCACCAAAACAGAUACUAAACGAAACAGUUUUACUGCAUUAUAAAUAUGACAACAUGAUGAAGGAAGAAAAUAUACAACUGGGGAAAAAAAUGCAAGCCAUGAGGAAGAAGUACACGACAAAGUUGAAAGAGCUUGAAGAACAAAUCUCUUUGGCCAAAUGGAAGAGGGAUCUUGUUAUAAAAGAACGGAACAUUAUCUGCAGCGAAAACGAAGCCCUUCAGAAUCUGAAUACUGAACUUCAGGCGCUAAUUGGGAAACUGCAGGAUACCUCCCUCCAGUCAAACGCUCGUGAUUUGGGAUUUAGUGUAGACAUCGCAAAAUCUAGAACAUUUUACCCCAGGGCAAAUUUAGGUCUUAUAUAUAGGUGAACGAUACAUAGACGUCUAGUGGCUCCUAUACACUCAUAACACAACCUGCUAUGAACAACCACCAGACUGGGCCAACAUUUGGGACAUUAGGCCCAAAGACCAAUAAAUAUAGGCAAGUGGCUGCCUGCUGGACACGCGUGGCCACAUGCUACACGCUGCCUUUACCGGAUGUGGAAACAAGGCCACGUGUUUCCAACAGGAGGCCACAUGUGCCCAAUGGGCAGUCGGGUCUUGCCAAAAGCUCACUUAUUUGACAUUACUCAAAAAGACAAAUCUUUAUUGUAUGCAAUUGUAUGUUCAUUGUGUAUUUGUUACAGGAGGUAACCAUGGCAACCUGCUCGAAAAAAGAGAGCAACAUCUAUAUAUCUCAUGCUACUUAUAUGAACUUGUGCGCCUGUGUAUUACCCAUUAUACUAGUAAUAAAGCGUAUCGUUGUCCAAGCAG